AUGAGCACAUGGAACGGUGGAGGAAGCGGCAUGGAAAGCGUUAUACUCGUUACCGAGAAGCGAGCAAGAAAGCGCCUGGCCCGGGCUGGCCACAAGCAAUCCCACGACAUCCAGAGCCUGCGCGGCAUCCACGCAAUGAUGAUGCAGGAGAAGCGCCGCGUUGGGAAGAUCCAGAUGCGCAACCUCCCCUCCGACCCGGUCCUGCACUACCUCCUGGACCGAAACGAACCAAGCGCCACCAAAGCCCUAGCGUCGUCCAUCAAGCAAAGGCGUAAUGAGAAGGCUGCCCGUUUAAACGUUACCCUACCCGAGGUUCGCGGCAUCUCUGAGGAUGAGAUGUUCAAGGUCGUCACUACGGGAAAGAAGACGCACCAGAGGAGCUGGAAGCGCAUUGUCACCAAGCCUAUAUUCGUUGGCGAAGGAUUCACCAGGCAGAACCCGAAGGCAGAGAGGUUUAUUAGAUUUGUUGACACAUCUUCCGCCGAGGGGUAUCGGAAGACUGACGUUGCCUUUAUACUCUAG